CAGCUGCGGAGAUGCAAUCGACUACUCGGACUCGGAUCGCCCUUCUAGCGGUGCUGCUGGGCGUGAUCAUGGCCCAGGCGAAGCCCCAUGGCUGGGGUGGCAGCGGCGGAGGCGGCAGCAAGGUCAUCAUUAGUGCCUGGCCCUCCAGCGGUGGCUGGUCCUCCGGUGGAAGCGGUGGCGGAGGAGGCUGGAAGAGUGGAGGCGGCGGAGGAGGAGGCUGGUCAUCAGGCGGCGGCGGAGGAGGCGGCUGGCCAUCAGGAGGUGGCGGUGGAGGAGGCUGGAAGAGUGGAGGCGGCAGCGGCGGAAGCGGCUGGUCCUUGGGAGGCUCCUCUGGCUGGUCCCUGGGUGGUGGAUCCUCCGGCUGGCCCAGUUCUGGCAGCUCCGGAUGGAAGUCGGGUGGAUCCUCCAGCUUGUCCAGCGCCCUGUCGAGUCUCUCCGGCUGGAAGUCCCAGGCCCUGUCCAGUCUGAGCGGCGGCGGCGGAGGCUGGAAGAGUGGAGGUGGCGGAGGAGGCUGGAAGAGUGGAGGCGGCAGCAGUGGCUGGUCUUCGGGCGGUGGCUCUUCGGCCUCCGUCUGGCCCGCCAAGAUCAGCAGUGGCUGGUCCUCCGGCGGCGGCGGUGGAAGCGGCUGGAAAAGUGGUGGUGGUGGCGGCUGGUCCUCUGGCGGCGGCAGCUCCGGCUGGAGCUGGUAAGGAACCCCCAUCCGAAAUACUCACUGGAGAUCCACUGGCAACGAGGCGACACAAGACACUGAUCAAUUGUACAUAACAUUUCUCUGCCCUAAUCUUAACAAUCCUGUGUAUUUUUUUUUUUGCUUGUUUUAAAACCCAAACGUGUGAAUAAAUUUUUACGAGAAUGUAA